AUGCCUCUUAACUCUAUUUUCAUGUGUGAAAUCUUUGAUGUUUGUGGCAUUGAUUUUAUGGGUCCUUUUCCUCCUUUAAAUGGCUAUGAAUAUAUUUUGGUAGCUGUUGACUAUGUUUCAAAAUGGGUAGAAGCAAUUGCUACUAGAAAAAAUGAUGCUCAUAUUGUUUAUGCAGGUAAAAAUCGUCUAUUGCAACUUGAUGAGUUGGAAGAGUUUAGGCUUACAGCAUAUGAAAAUGCUAAAUUGUACAAGGAAAAGACAAAAAAAUGGCAUGACAAGCUCAUCCACCAUAAAGAUUUUAAAGUUAGAGAUCAUGUUCUGUUGUACAAUAGCCGAUUGAGAUUAUUUCCAGGAAAGCUUAAGUCACACUGGACAGGACCAUAUACAGUAACAAGAGUGACCCCCUAUAGUGCCAUUGAAGUACAAUAUGCAGAUGGGGGAGACAAAUUCAAAGUAAACAGUCAUCGUUUGAAGCCUUAUAUCAGCAGAUUCUUCGACAAACAGGCUUCAACAAUCCUUUUUGCCUAA